UUUAAUUUAAAAUAAAUAUUUGAAAAUAAUUUUAAUUAAUUUUUUAAAUGUUGCAUUGAAAUAAUGCAAUAUUAUUCUGUUGUAUUAUUUUAAUGCAGAAAUAAUAUUUUAUGGCAUUAAAAUAUUUUAUUUUAAUGCCAUAAAAUAUCUUUAUUUUAUGGCAUUAAGUUGCACCUAAUUCUGGUUAAUUUAGUUAAAUUUUAUUGUGCUGAUUUGAUCCAAGCAGCUCCAGUUUAUCCAGCUGCACUUCAUCCAUGCUGGUUGAUGGCAUCACAUGAUUUUCUUUUUUCUCUUUACACCAAACGUUGCGCGUCCCUCUCUUCCUGGGUGACGUUGAGUUUAAAUCUGUUGAGCCUGAUAUUCUGUCUGAUGCUGUGAUCGUUCUUCAUUGUUGACUCUCUGAAUCUGCGAAAUGCAUCUUUGAGAAAAAAGAAACGUUUUUCUCGUACUGCAUAUUUUACCACAUAUUAAUCUUUGCUACUUUUGCAGCUUCAUGACUACAACUGAUGUGUUUAAAUGGUUUACAAUUGGUGAGCCCCCGUAGCCCACCCCUCUGCUAUUAAUGGUAUGGAUGUUGACCUCUGUGGCCCUCGUAUGAUGUUUCCUGUAACCCCUCGAUGCAACAUAGAUGUUCCUGUCAUGGCUUUUUCAUUGAGAUACUGAAAAACGCUACUGUAAAUGUUUUCAGCUGAAUGCACUGUGUGUUGAAAAAAACUAUAAUGGAUCAGGAAAUGACUCCAAAAAAAUAGUAUAUAGUGUAACUAUAGUGAAAUGGUUAUAUGAUGCAUUUUUGAUUUUUUUUUAUUUAUUUCAUAUUCCGUUAUGUUUUAAAGGAGGACUCCCAGUCAUUUUAAAUGGUAUGGUGUUGUAAUGUAACCAUUAAACCCAGUAAGGGAUGGUUUAAUGGUUGGAGCUGCCUGUAAAUACACUCAGCCCAUAUAAAGUAUAAACAUUUAUGUUGUAGCAUGGUAACUGUGUGUCUGGAAGAAAACAAGUGGAUCAUUGAUCUGAUUUGCUGUUGUUGAAUAAAUGUUCCUCAACAUUUUGACUCAUGUCUUAAUCUAUUUUUUGUUUGUUUGUUUGUUUUAAAGCCAAGAUUUCUAAUAGUUGGCAGAAAACAAAGUGAUUAUCCACCUGAAUCUAUUAAUAGUCUCAUAAAAAUACAGUAAAAAAAUGAAGUGGAAAAGAGUCAGUGUUAAUAAUGUAAAGUUUUGUCAUUUUCUUUUACCAUCUAAGCCAUUAAUGUACUGAUCUUCCUUUUCAUGUGAUACUUUAUCAACAUUAUUUAUACAUAUUAACAAUAACAAGUAGAAUAUGCACAGCAUAAAACAAGUUUCUUAUCAUCAUUGGAAUUAUAAUUUAUUUAUAUUAUGCUUUGAUGCAGCUUUUUUCAGAAGCUGCUCGUUACGUGGAUCUAAUUUUUACCACCAGAUGGAGACAAAUAUAUUUAUACAGUGAUGUUAAAUAGUCAGAUUCAAGUCAUUUUAUUUGUAAAUUCAAAUGUGAUUUGUGUUUAAUCAAUGAAGAUGCUCUGUGCUAACCAUCAAAUGUUUCGCAACAAAUUUAACCGGUAAAUGGUUUUUGUCUCACUUGUCAUUCUUAGAAUGAGUUUAUAAAACCAAGCUACAUUUAUUAUUAAUAACCAAGGAAUAAAACCGUUUAGUGAAAUAAAAUUCAAGUAAAUGACAAUAAUGUGAGAAAAAAAACUAAAAUAAUGAACAUAUAAUGGUCAAACAGAGGCAAAUAAAAAUCAAGCUAAAUUUAAAUAUCAACUUAAAUGUCUUUACUAAGAGGCUAUUUUGAUUUUUCUGAUAAAAUAAAUUGUGUCUAACCUUAAAAGCCACUGGUGAAUAAGUGUACUGUUUUUUAAAUCCCUUGAACAGCAACUCCUGCUGAGUUGGGUUCUUGUUAAAAGAAGGUUGUUUGUUUCCACUGUCACCACAAACUUCCUCAGGAAAAGGGAAUGCUGCAAAAAUCCCAAACAUGAUGAAAUCACGGAUUUCUUUCCACCAACUUUCAAUAAUUGAAUUUAUCUGGGCUGUGAUAUAACUAGGGUUAAAUUAAAUAUGAAUAUGUUUAAGUUAUUGGGUUGCUUUCAUUAUAUGAUACAUUUAGUGUAUCAUAUAAUGUGUGUCUUCUAAAGUUCAUUUGAUGACAUCAUGUUUGUUGUGAAAUAAUCACGUUUUUGUGUUUUCACUGAGGCAUUUGUGCAUAAAUAACGUAGUGAUGCAGUUUUUACUUGUCUUUAGCUUGAAUUUUUCUGGAAACCUGCAAAAAGUAAACUGAACUAAAACGAAACAGGACUGAAAAUAUUUUGGUUUACAACAUCUCUCUUAUUUGUUGUUCCUUUAUGAUUAUGUAAAACACUGCCUUGUGUACUAGUGUUGACAAAUAGAUGCCAAAUAUACCCAAAACAAUAAAGUGAAGCAAAAGAUAAAUAGUCAAAUGUUGUGUUUUUUUUAUAAUUGAAUCUAUUUGAUAACCAUUUAUAUUUUAAAGAGUUUGUAUUCAGUUUAAACGAUGCCAAGUGUGCUCACAUUAAUUAUGUGUAGGGACGAAAUGGUGAAAUCAAACAGAGAUACCUGAAGCUGGCAUGAGUUUAUAGUGAUCUCUUUAUAUCCUGCUGUUGUCAAUUACCGAGAUUACCGAGUGUGAGAGAGUGAAACCAAUAAUAGCCUCAGUGAUCAGACUACCCCCGGCUAUUCUCUGAGCUCAGCUAACUGGAUGGAGACAUUUGGCAGCGGUUAGCUUAUUAAAACACUUCGAAGUGAACAAAGCAGCGAUGAGCCGACAAGUUUUUAACGGGACAUCUUCAUCGCUGAACUUCUCCACAAGAAUUACAGGCAAUGGCUGUUCACACACAAAUCUAAGAGAGGAUGACUGGGACACGCUGCGUUUUGAGCUUACAAAGACGGAGGAUGAGAUUCAGACAUUGAGGCAAGUGCUUUUGGCAAAAGAGAAGUAUGCAGCAGACAUCAGGAGGCAGCUGGGGAUGAGUCCGCUCAGUAACGUGAAGCAGAAUCUCUCCAAAGGUUGGCAGGAAGUCCAGACCUCAGCUCCAUAUCUCACAGCCUCUGCCACUCUGGAGGACAUCAGCAACUCCAGCGUAUACGUGAGGACACGAGACGGUCUGUCUCAAGCCGGCCAGGUGACAUCUGCUGCUCUGUCCAACGUGGGCGUGGCCAUCACCAGAAGGCUGGAGCAGAUGAGAGCCUUGCCUCUUCCCAGCCCGCCACGGACCCUGAGCCAUACCAUUAGUGUGCCAUCUAUGAGGCAUUCAUCCACAUUCAAGUCUAUUGAAGAACUUGUUGGCAGUGUGAAGGAUAAAGUGACUGGAGGCGUGUCAAACAGUGAAGAGGCGUCUGGAUUUGAAAGAAGAUCCUCACGCAACCAAACCUGAGAUGAAUCGAUUUUAUGCAAAUCACAAAAAUUUCUCAAAGUUAAAAAAAAAAAAGUGAAUUCUCUCCCUCAUCAAUAUGCAUGUUUGUUUUUUUCAGUUUCUUUGUUGAUGCAGAUUAAGAAAUUGAAUGUACAAUACAAGUUGUCUAAGUAAAAUAAUUUAGAUGUAUUUAAACCUUUGAAUGUUUUAAAAUGUGUUCAUUUUAAUAUGCUGGUUAUUUUUGACAUGCUUGUAUCUCCAUAUUCUGAAAUCAGAUGUACUACAAGGUAUUUUUGUAAUGUCAGAUUUUUCAAGUAAAGGCUUUAGAAUACA